UUCUGCCCUCUCUUCAGCAUCACAACCCAGUGAUAUCCACCAAGAACGGGCGGAAGAGAGUGCCCUACCAAGAAUAUCAAUCUUCCUUGUACUAAACCUCAUUUGAGAGCCUCCUUAUUGAAAAUUGCGAUCGGCAUCCAUCAGAAAAAUCACAAAAAGCCAGAACCGACUGUCCACAUAUACCUUUGAACACGACAAGCACGGGAUAUUGCCUGACCUGUUCACCGGGAUUCAAGAUAGAUUGGACGUGCUAGCAGCCAUGGACGUGAACCAGAUGGCACAUGGCAUAUCCGACGUGGAAGUUUCCACCGCUACCGAGCCAUCCCUGGAGGAGCUUCUCGAGAGAGCAGUUCACUCUCGACCAUCGGGCUGCGGGGUGACCAACAGCAACAGUCCUCGAUUCUCCACACCCGAGGAGCUGGAAUACAUGCAGGCGGUCGUCAAAGAGUCCCGGGAGAUGGCCGCCCUCCGUGAAUUUAUAGUCCGGCUUUGCCCAUUGUAUGCCGUGCAACUCGUGGAAAUCGAGUUUGGAUUGGAGGUGAAUCGGCACACGGGCUACUGUCCCACUGUAUGCAUGACGACGCGCGAGGACGUCUCUGCUUGGGUUCGAAAGGACGUCAAGGAAUUGGUUCUGCGGAUGCUACACCUGAUGGAUCUCGACGCCUGCGGAUAUCAGGCUCUUGUCAUUUCCGAGACGGAGGAGCGAAAGAGGGUAGCAGCUUUUCUUGUCUGAGUGGCAGUUUUGUUUUGCCGGGUUUGCAUGGCCUGCUCGUCUUGGUGGCGAUUCAACGGCGGCGUUAUUAUGGGAUGUGCUAGGUGCCGGACUUGUCAAUUGGGUCGGAUUUUCUUUAUGAGGGUGGUUUGAUGUAUUAUGAUAAUGGGAUGGAUAACUUAUGACAAAUGACCUGGAACCGAGAGAGUGGUAUAGUUUGUGGCUCGGGCGCUCGGUCUCCACGAGUGGGACUGGUGGGACUCGGAACGUUUUGUCGGGAGUUGGAGAGGGGGCGACUUGGAUGCACCAUGGUCUUUGUACAACAAUCGAGUCUUGAUUUAAUCCCCGAAUCCCCCAGGAAUAAUAAAGUCAAAGGUGGCACACAAGUGAUCAUUCCGUGUAACACGC